AUGAACGACAACUAUACACAGCGCCCUCAGCGAAGAGUUCGCUAUCGAUCGUACAGGCAAGAUCGAGCCUGGGUUUUUAGCCAAGUGCUGUAUCGCAAGGGAGUCCUAAAGCAUGCUUAA